GUUUCCUCUAUAGCUGCUGUCACGCUUUCUUAAGUCACCGGCGCCCAAGCUCCGACAAAACGGUCUAAAACAUGAAGAUCUGGACCUCAGAACACAUAUUCAAGUGAGUAAUUUAUUAAUUUUCACAAUGUUGAAUUUUUUUAAAAAUUGAAAUACCUUGAAAUUAGCUAUCUUAUUGAAGUUUGUAGCUAGGUUAGCAACCAGCCAGUUAGUGCGCGUUAGCUCUUUGACUUUAGCCAACUAGCUUCUGGUACAAGUUAAUGGGUUUUAGGUAGCAAACAGCUAACGUUAGCCAUCUAUUUUGGCUAGCCAACACAUAAAACUUCCUAUUUACCAUUACUAAACCAGACAAAUAAUUAUAGCUAGCUAGCUAACGAUGCAACAAAGACGGUACAGUAUGUGACUGCAAGCUAGCUAGCCACAUUACAGUAUCUUUGACAUUACAUUAGUUGGCCACAUUACUGAUAUUACAUUAGUUAGCCACAUUACAAGUAGCUAACUGUUAGCCCGAAGUUUCCAGCAGAAUGUCACGGGAUUCCGGUGCUUUGAUUUUAGCUAACAGUUACUUGUUUAAGGUCAUGUGAAUUCAUGUAUUAAUCGAAUUUGAGCUCAAUGUCCUUUUGAUGAUGUCCCGUGCCGCACCAGGCAUGCACUCUCUGAGACUGGAAUACAUGUAUUUCUAUUCCAACUAGCUAUGCUGGAGGCUCAGUCAAUGGUGGAAACAUGGUUGUUAUGUCACUAUAUAUUCAGGGCUUAAUGCUCUUUGGGGAAUUAAUUGAGUGAGGAAAUGCCUCCGUUUACAACACACAUCAUGAAUAUGGAUUGUAAACAACUUUAUUGUAAAGUAAAAAAAGAAACAUUGUCAAGGUCAAAUCAAGAACUCUUACUUGUCUUACUGAACCCAUAAUGCAUGUUUCUUAACCCAAUCCACAUCACACAGUACAAUAAUGUCAGGACAGGUUUUCAAAUGUAUUCAUUUGGAUGCAUACAUGGUAACAUUAUGAAAUGCACACAUUAUGAUACUGUAUUAUUACAGUAAUAUUGAUUUCCUGUGUUGUCCCCCCACAGCCACCCGUGGGAGACAGUGACCAAGGCGGCAAUGCAGAAGUACCCCAACCCCAUGAACCCAGGCGUGGUAGGGGUGGACGUGUUGAACAGACACGUGGACACACAGGGUCGGCUAUGCAGCAACAGACUGCUCAGCACAGAGUGGGGACUGCCCUCCUUGGCCAAGACUGUAAGUCCCCAGCACAGUGGAUCCCUGUCUCCAAUGUUGCCACUAAUAUGAUUCUCCUGAUGAGUAAAUUUCAGGUCACCAGUCCCAAUGCAGAUACAUUGUCUUUUAACUGCUGUAGAUAUCGAUGUAAUUUGGGUUGCUGCACCCACAAUAAUCCAAAGCCAUUGCAUUAAUCAGAAGUUGACUGUACAAAUGUUGACAUAUUCAAUCACAGCAGCUGUUUAGUUCAGAGGCCAAGUUAGUAUGUGUAGGCUUGCGGUUAGACUAGGCUACAUUUUGAAUGAUGCUUGUUCUAGUGAAGUGGGUAAUGCUCAGAACAGUUGGCUAUCUACAGCUCUGUGGUAGUUAAAUGAUUGAGCGCUGCCAUGACCUCGGCUCUGCUAGACCUUUACUGAAGGCUGUCUCAGCUAGAAGGUUCAGACUGGUGUUGUGUAAUCAAGACUGCAUGAAGUUGUUUGGUAAAUAUUUCUCAAACCUUGAAGCUUUUAUGAGUCAACAGAUCUGAGGAUGUAUUAUUUUGUCAGUGAUGUCAAACAUAUAUCACUGACAGUGAUGAUGUCAUUGUCUUUUCUCCCAGCUCAUUGGUAUAACACGAACAAACACAUACAUCCAGGAACAUUCGGUGGUAGACCCCAAGGAAAAGAUCUUUGAGCUACAAUCUACAAAUGUGAGUUCACCCCUGUUGUCGGAUGUGCAUUUGUGGAUACUAUAGAUAACUCCACCUUUUAGCCCUGUUGGCUAACGUUGAUGCACUUUCCUCUGCUUUCAGAUUUCAUGUACUAAUAUAGUAUCUGUGGACGAGAAGUUAACAUACAGGCCGCAUCCGCAGGAUCCCGAAAAGUAUGUGAUUUGUUGAUGGUUUGAGUUAAAGAUUAUAUACAGGAAAAUUGAUAAAUAGGUUUGAGUUUCACAGCUAAACUGUUUGUUUUUCUGUUUAUCCUUAUGUUUAGGACCAUACUGACACAAGAGGCACUGAUCUCUGUAAAAGGAAUUAGUCUGAGCAGUUACCUGGAGGGGCUCAUGGCCAAAACCAUCUCAGCAAAUGCAGGCAAAGUAAGACCUCUCCCUUCACACCUGCAGCCUGGAUUAAAUAUUUAUGAGUGGAAAUGUUCAGCCCCUAACUUUCCCCUGUGUGUUUUGUUGUGUUCAGGGACGAGAGGCGAUGGAGUGGGUCAUCAGGCGGUUAAACACAGAGAUCGAGGAGCUGGCAGCGACUGCACAGGCCACAAUCCGCAUCCCCAUGGCAGCAGCAGUCACAGAGAAAUGAUCAUCCCCCAUCUCAGUGGACCUCAGACAUUUCCCCUGAAAGGGGAGACCCACCUUAUCUGCCAGCACAGCCACCUCCUGUAUUGGCCCACUCAUCUUCUGUCACAAGAACGCACGCUUCCCACAGCGGACUGUCCGUACAAGCAGGGUACAAGCUGUUGGGUACACAGAGUGAAGCUGAUGACAUUAAACAGGGUGGAGCCGAGUUGCAUUUGGGGCUCAUGGGAUUUGUAGUCUAA